CCUCCUUGACCUUGCUCCUUAUUGAUCUUGGUAUCAGCACUUCCAGUGACGUGUCCCCGAGGGGGCGGGGGUGAAGCGACAAGUACCACACACAGAGAAAAGGAGGCAGUCGCCUGGCAAUUUUGCAUUGUGUUGCAGCAGAAAAGCAGCACGGGAGGAGCUGGGGAGAGUGGCUGGGUGGCCGUGGCCCUGCUAAAAGACAGAGCCCGGGCUGGGAAAAUCUUGCAUCCGGUCCCAGAUUGGAAGCAGAAGCAGGAGGCAUUGACACAAUCCGUUUCAGGGAAGUCCCUCUGGUUGCGGCUCCUUGACCUCCGAGGCUGAUUUGAAUAGGAGGAGGCCUUUGUCUCAAGGGGGUGCAGGCUGACCCUAACUGUAGCAGCUUGAAUAACAAAGGUGUCGAGCCGCUCUUGGGGCCGGGCCGAGCAUACCUUACUCCCAGCACGGGCAUAGUCAAGUCCGCUUCCCUCUCUGCACCCGGAUACUCUUAAACUGCCCCAGCCUGCACCAUGGAGAAGUGGAACGGUGACGCAGGCACCUCUGCUUUCCACAUGCCUGAAUGGAUGAUCCAGUUUGCCGACCAGAAGCAGGAGUUCAACAAGCGUCCCACCAAGAUCGGCCGCCGUUCCCUCUCCCGUUCCAUAUCUCAAUCAUCUACUGACAGCUACAGCUCAGCGGCUUCGUAUACAGACAGUUCCGACGAUGAGACCUCUCCCCGAGACAAACAGCAGAAGAACUCCAAGGGCAGCAGCGACUUCUGCGUCAAAAACAUCAAGCAGGCUGAGUUCGGCCGAAGGGAGAUCGAAAUCGCUGAGCAAGAAAUGCCUGCACUGAUGGCUCUGAGGAAGCGAGCUCAGGGAGAAAAGCCACUGGCUGGAGCCAAGAUUGUGGGCUGCACGCACAUCACCGCCCAGACUGCUGUGCUCAUGGAGACCCUGGGUGCUCUGGGGGCUCAGUGCCGAUGGGCUGCCUGCAACAUCUACUCCACUCUCAACGAAGUGGCCGCUGCCCUGGCAGAAAGUGGUUUCCCCGUUUUUGCCUGGAAGGGAGAGUCAGAAGAUGACUUCUGGUGGUGCAUCGACCGCUGCGUGAACGUGGAGGGAUGGCAGCCCAAUAUGAUCUUGGACGACGGAGGGGACCUCACACACUGGAUCUACAAGAAGUAUCCCAAUAUGUUUAAGAAAAUCAAGGGCAUAGUGGAGGAGAGUGUCACUGGCGUCCACAGGCUGUACCAGUUAUCCAAGGCGGGGAAGCUCUGUGUCCCAGCCAUGAACGUCAAUGAUUCAGUCACCAAACAGAAGUUUGACAACCUCUACUGCUGCCGGGAGUCAAUUCUUGAUGGCCUGAAAAGGACAACCGACAUGAUGUUUGGCGGGAAGCAAGUAGUGGUCUGUGGCUAUGGAGAGGUUGGGAAAGGUUGCUGUGCUGCUUUGAAGGCCAUGGGCUCCAUUGUGUACGUGACCGAGAUCGACCCCAUCUGUGCCUUGCAGGCUUGCAUGGACGGCUUUCGGCUCGUGAAACUCAAUGAGGUCAUUCGACAAGUGGACAUUGUCAUCACCUGCACUGGUAACAAGAACGUGGUGACAAGAGAGCACUUAGACCGCAUGAAGAACAGCUGCAUUGUCUGCAACAUGGGACAUUCCAACACGGAGAUCGACGUGGCAAGCCUGCGCACACCGGAGCUGACCUGGGAGCGGGUGCGAUCCCAAGUUGACCACGUGAUCUGGCCGGAUGGCAAGAGGAUAGUGCUGCUGGCGGAGGGCCGCCUCCUGAACCUGAGCUGCUCCACGGUGCCCACCUUUGUGCUGUCCAUCACUGCCACUACGCAGGCCCUCGCCUUGAUCGAACUGUACAACGCCCCCGAGGGACGCUACAAGCAGGACGUCUACCUGCUGCCCAAGAAAAUGGAUGAAUACGUGGCGAGUCUCCACCUGCCCACCUUCGACGCCCACCUGACCGAGCUGACGGACGAGCAGGCCAAGUACCUGGGGCUCAACAAGAACGGGCCCUUCAAGCCCAACUACUACAGGUAUUAAGGUUCUCUAUCUGAAGCCCGAAGGAGUCUAGGGAACCAGAACCCCACGUCUCUUCUCCACUACUGUACAGGAUGGAACCCAGCAAGCUGCUUCCCCCGUUAGAGCCGGCUGCCGUGCUCUCUUCGUAGACAGUGUGUUAGGUUAUUUAUUUAUUAAAAAACUAGAGCCUGUGCCCGCA